CCUCAUGCAGAAUGUAUUCAAAUGUUUUCGGCAGUAGGAUGGCGUAAAAGUGCCGCUCCGAGCACACGCACGGUAGACAGCGCGCUUCAUUACGUUGGCGGAGGAGAGAAGGCAGCCUUGUUUCAGCAUCCCGCGCGCAAACAUGGAUAUGCUGCUCAGAAAUCAUUGUGGAUUGCUUAUAGGACUGUCCAUGAUUCUUGGGUUGGUAUGCGCAUCAGCCGGCCAAGAAGCCUGUGACAGCCCACUGGUGUCUAAUCUGCCGCAGUCUGCCUUCAGAAGUUCAUCUCAGCUGUCAAACAGCCACGGUCCAGGCUACGCAAAACUCAACAGAAGAGAUGGAGCGGGUGGCUGGUCUCCAUUGGUCUCCAAUAAGUAUCAGUGGCUGGAGAUUGAUCUGGGGGAGAGGACAGAGGUCACUGCUGUGGCCACCCAGGGCAGAUAUGGCAGCUCUGAUUGGGUGAACGGCUACUUCCUCAUGUUCAGCGACACGGGCCACAACUGGAGGCAAUACCGCCAAGAGGACAGCAUCGGGGCAUUCUCUGGAAACACCAAUGCUGACAGUGUGGUGAUGCACAAGUUCCAGCAGCCUGUGUUCACCCAGUUCCUCCGCGUGCUGCCGUUGGACUGGAACCCCAACGGAAGAGUCGGGCUAAGACUAGAGGCCUACGGCUGCCGAUACAAAUCCGAUGUGGUCAGUUUUGAAGGAACCAGCUACUUGCUCUUCAGGACCACCGGUCCAUCGACUAGGAAUCUGCUCAGCAUGAACUUCAAAUCCCGUCACAACACUGGAAUUUUGAUGCACGUGGAAGGCCAGCAUGGGCAGACUCUCACGCUGGAGCUCCUCAAAGGGAAACUCUUCCUACAUCUCAGAAAAGGGAGAGGCACUUCAGGUGAUUUUCACACCACGGCGUCAUCGGGCAGCCUGCUGGAUGACCAGCAUUGGCAUCGCGUUACCAUGGAGCACCUCCGUGGACGCGUCAACUUCACCGUAGACAAAACCACGCAGCAGCUUCAGGUCCCGCAGCAUCAGAGUCACUUUGAGAUUAACGAGAUCAGUUUUGGUGGGGUGCCAGCUGUUGGGAGUGAGCACUCCAGAAGGAACUUCCAUGGCUGUCUAGAGAAUGUGCUGUACAAUGAUGUUAAUGUGAUCGAGAUGGCCAGAGACCAGCAGCUCUCCAUAAUGGGUAAUGUCACGUUCUCGUGCCCGGAGACUGUCGCUAUGCCAGUGACUUUUGCCAGCCCGGAGAGUUUCCUCCGGUUACCAUGGGAGGCAGCACGCGACGGCCUGGCGGUAAGCCUUCAAUUACGAACUUGGAACAAGGUGGGCCUGCUGGUGACUUUCGACCUCCGACACCAGGCCGGUACACUGUGGCUUUACCUGAGUGAGGCCAAGCUACGUCUCCAGAUCAUCAAGGCAGGGCGGGUCACCGCAGACAUGGCCGCAGGGAUGGCGCUAAACGAUGGCCAGUGGCACUCUGUGGAUCUGAGCACCCAGCGAGAUCGUCUGGUACUGGCAGUAGACAAAGCAGACACGUUUACGACCACCACUUCACUGCCCGUGAUGCCAAGCAGCCACAUCUUCCUAGGAGGAUGUCCGAGUACAGAAGAUGACGGCGGGUGCAGGAACCCCUUCGGUGUAUUUCAAGGAUGCAUGCGACUCAUCCACAGGGACAACACCUUAGUGGAUCUGAUCAAAGUGCAGCAGAUGGUGAUAGGAAACUUCAGCGAUCUCCAAAUGGACAUGUGUGGAAUCAUUGACAGGUGCUCUCCCAGCCACUGUGAACACGGGGGCAAAUGCACCCAGGCAUGGAGCACGUUCCACUGCAACUGUUCCAGCACUGGCUACGCUGGAGCCACAUGCCACAGCUCCAUCUACGAGCCAUCGUGUGAAGCCUACAAGCACCAGGGCAACACCUCAGGGUUCUAUCACAUCGAUGUGGACGGCAGUGGUCCCAUCAAGCCCCAGCUAAUCUACUGCAACAUGUCAGAUAAAGCGUGGAUGGUGAUCCAACACAAUAACACGGAGCUCACCAAAUUAAGAGCGUCCUCUGGGAUAAGUCAGCAUUUAGCCCACUUUAACUAUUCCGCCGACACUGAGCAGCUUGGGGCCCUAAUUACCCAGGCCGAGUACUGCGAGCAGGAACUCUCCUACCACUGCAAAAAGUCACGGCUGCUAAACACGCCAGACGGGGCACCGUUCACCUGGUGGGUGGGCCGUUUGGGGGAAGCCCACACCUACUGGGGAGGGGCACUGCCAAGCAGCCAGCAAUGCGCCUGUGGACUCCAAGAUGACUGCGCAGAGCCGGCACGAUUCUGCAACUGUGACAGUGACCUGGAUGCCUGGGCGAAUGACUCGGGUGUCCUCUCACAUAAGGAUCAUUUGCCAGUCAGACUUUUAGCUGUGGGCGAUAUCAACAGGCCGGGCUCGGAGGCGGCAUAUAGAGUGGGUCCCCUACAGUGCUACGGUGACAAGGACUUCUGGAAUGCAGCCUACUUCAACAAAGAGACCUCUUACCUCCACUUCCCGACGUUCCAUGGGGAGCUCAGCGCUGAUAUCUCCUUCUUCUUCAAGACCAGCUCCUCCUCCGGCGUGUUCCUGGAGAACCUUGGAAUUAAAGACUUCAUUCGAAUCGAACUGAGCUCGCCAACCGAGAUCGUGUUCUCCUUCGACGUUGGAAACGGGCCCUUUGAGGUGCGGGUUGAGACCCCGAUGGACCUGAACGACGAGCGCUGGCACCACGUACGGGCAGAACGGAACGUGAAAGAGGCCUCGCUCCACGUGGACCACCUCCCUGGCGCACGUCAGAAGGCCCCAGCCGAUGGGCACAUCCACCUUCAGCUCAACAGCCAGCUGUUUGUAGGUGGCACCGCCUCGAGACAGAAGGGCUUCCUGGGGUGCAUCCGCACACUGAAGCUUAACGGGAACACGCUGGAUCUGGAGGAGAGGGCCAAUAUCACCCCGGGAGUGCGGCCGGGCUGCCCGGGGCACUGCAACACUUACGGGGGUCUGUGUCAGAACCAGGGUCACUGUGUGGAGAGGCACAACGGCUUCACCUGUGACUGCAGUGUCUCGGCAUACACAGGCACCUUCUGCCACAAAGAGGUCUCUGCAUACUUUCGACCAGGCACCUCGGUCACCUACGUGUUCAGGGAGCUGAGCGGGAACGCCAGCACUCAGUCCUCCUACUUGUAUUCGGACCUGUCACUGAGGGGAGAGAACGUCUCUCUGAGCUUCAGCACCAGCCAGACGCCCGCCCUGCUGCUCUAUGUCAGCUCCUACCACAGAGAGUACCUCGCAGUCUUCCUGAACAGGAACGGUCAGCUGGAUGUCAAGUACAAGUUACAGAGUAACAAAGAGGCUGAGGUGUUCAGAUCGAACACAAGGAACCUGGCCAAUGGACAACUGCACCGAGUGUCUAUCAGGAGACAUGCAGAGAGCCUCAGUGUUCAGAUUGACCAGUAUAUGAGGGAAGACUUCAACCUGUCAUCAGAUGUAGAGUUCAACGCUAUCAAAGCCAUUGUUAUUGGGAAAGUGCAUGAGUCGAGUGAGCUCGAUCCAGAGAUAGCCCGGCUGAAUUCCCUGGGCUUCACAGGCUGCCUGUCAGUCGUCCAGUUUAACGCUGUAGCUCCUCUGAAGGCAGCACUGCUAUAUCCGCACACCAGUACUGUCACCGUCUCAGGGACUCUGACGGAAUCCAACUGUGGCUCCUCCUCCUCUUCUAGCCCCUACGCAGCUGAGACCACCCACUCACUCUUGGAUCCAUUUGGUACGGUAGGCACAGGCGAGCCAGUAGUCAAUGCUAUCAGCAGUGACUCGGCUUUGAUUGGAGGCGUGAUCGCCGUGGUGAUAUUUGUGAUCCUGGCUGCCCUGGCCAUAAUGGCAAGAUUCUUGUACAGGCGGAAAGAGACGUGCCCGACCCAGGAGCCCAAGGGAGUCAAGUCAGAGGACAGUCCUGAAACCCUCUUCAGCAAUGACCCCAACUCGCAGGGUGUAAUCAAUGACAACCAAAAAGAGUACUUCAUAUGAUGGAGCCCCCCUCACCCAUCCAACCUUUGGACUAAUCCAGUCAGGCAAGGGACAGAAAUGCCUUGCCAAGCCUAGAGACAUUAACACUCAUGGUGUGCUCCACAGAAAAAUAAAUCCUCUGAAACUGUCAGAGGUUGCUGAUCAAGACAUGAAGAGGAACACUGAGAUGUUUCUUCUUUUUUUUUUUGUACAUAGGCUUAAAAGUCCAGACAUUUGGCCCAGAUAGCAUUGGUUCCAAGGUGUGUAAAAUAAUCUUUGUCAACUAUAAAUAUUCUUUUGAACUGUACAUGUUGAAAUAAUAUCUUUUUAAUGGUUACCUUCACAUUUUGCCUUUAUUAUUCAGCAUUACAUUUAAUGGAUUUACAUCUAGAAGAUUCAGAUGUCAUAUAACUUGAUUAAAAUAAAUAUUUGAAGUGGUAAAUGAAAUGUAUGUGAAAUAAUGAACAUGCGUCAUGUGCACACUAUGCUUAAAAAAAAAAAGUGUUGGAACAACCAAACCCCGCUGAACUGUGCAGUGGUACUUUCAGCAGGUGUUUGUCUCUCCAGAAAGUUGAGGUGUGUCCAUUUUGUAAUGGACAAAUUCUCCUAAACAUCAAAACCAAAAUAAUGUCCCUUGAUUCUUGUGUAGAUGUCUCCUCGCGUGCUUGUUCAUAAAUUGACUCCCUAGGGGGUUUUGCUGUAUACAGACAGCAAGCUUCUUUGGCCCACUCUUAAUCUCUAUUAGACCAAAGACAGGGGUGGCGGGAGGGAUCUCAGCAAGCAUUCUAAGUGCUCCUUCUUGCUUCCUGUGCACUUCCUGGAUUAAAAAUAAAUUGCUUCUUACUGCUGUCAAGUACCACGGCAAACCACUUCCAGAAGCAAGCUGUGACGAGGCUUUCAUAAGAGUUCAAAACACAAAAAGGAGAGGGAGAGAGGGAAACCAAUAAAACAUUCUCACUGACGGUUACCUUCACUGCACACAGAUAGAUGCCUUCUAUGUUUUUAUGUUCAUCCAGAGAAAGUACACCACUUAACCAGCUGGUGUAACUCAGAAGAAUCGAGGACUAUGCUUUAAGAGGCAGAAGCUAAAAAGCCGACAGAAGAGAUGCUGCUAUGAUGCAUAAAAGGCCGACGAGAUAUUAUUGAAAAUUGCACUACCUCCCUUCAAAGUUUUGUUUCACUAAAUCUCAGAAAAUAACAAAUAAUUACUGCCACCAUUCAAAGGCUGAAAAGCGGACUUAUAGGGUUCUCUAAUGGUUUAUAUGUUUGAAUCUUCUGUUGUCCUAUCAGGAAUAUUAAGCCGUCAAGUCAAGCCAUUUUUUAAUGGUGGUUUCAGCAGGUUUUGGCUAUAAACCCAUGAGAAAUAUGGCUGACAGCAUAUAAACUUUGUUGGCUUAGCUUCAAUUUCUGGAUGAGUUCCUGGAUUCAUUUUCAAAUUUGGAUGUGAGAACCUAGCGACUCUUUUUCAGUACAAAAAGAGCAAAUGUGAAGCACAUGAAACACGCCCCCUGUGGCAUAAAUCAUCACCAUGAUUAUGGCAUAGUUUGAAGUAUUAUACAUUCUAAGAUUGCAGUAUAAUUUUCCCAAAUAGCCUUGCAUAUUUGUUUGUUCUUGUUUAGUUUUUUUAUGUUUUGGGAGGCCAGAUUGUUCAUGCAGUAAAUGGUACUGACAGUCUAACCAAGUGUCAAAUUGCCAAAUAUUGUUAUUUUAAAUUCUAAAGAUAAUCAGUUGUAUAAGACUGAACAAACCACAAUUUAAUUUCCAAUACCUUAUAAAAAAACCUGUGUAAUUGGUAUCAUUCAGGAUAUUUAAAUGUGUGGUGGUGUGUGGUUGUUUGUAAUGACUGUAUUGUUAUAGUCACAUUAACUAGGUAUUAAGGUGAAUUUUUGGCAUCAAGUGUUUUGGACUGGAAAAGUAGUCGCUUGUUUUGCAGAUCUCAGCAAGAUUUGGAAAAUCAAGGGCAGUUCUAUUUAGAUCAGUGUUAAGUCUAUAACUACAAUAAAAAUUCUGCCCAUGAAUCUUCACCAUUAAAAAUGGAAGUACCAUGCUUCUAAUGAUCAAAUGGUAAAGGUGCGCUGUUAUACAGUACCUCAUGGCCUUCAGUAUUGUGUGGAUUGGAAAAUGGUACCAGCAUUGCUUCUUUUUUAAUGAUGGACACCCAAAUUUUCUCACUCAAAGUUUCUCUAUGGGCAAACGCGCCAGACACAGAUUAGGCACUGAAGCUCUACACAUCAGUGGAGAACUGACAGCACAAUUUAAUUCCAUAAGGAGGCUUAAUCUCCUUGAAUUAAGCUCGCCAAUUUUAAUAAUACUGCAUUUCUCAGUGGUGUGCCCAGUUAAACCAAGUGCAAGAAGUGAGUGCUGGGACUUGGAUUCACGUUUGAAUCCCAGCUGUGUUUGGCCAGGGCUCCUCGAAAACAUAAGUAGCUGCGUUGCCAGCGGGAAAGGAGCUCCCUCACUCCCCAGUCACUAAGCUAUGCACCAUCUGAUUGAGCAUCUAUGUGGGUAACUGAGGCAUGCGACAGUGCGGUGUGGCCGUGAAUGUCAAAAUCUGCAGAUGCAAUGCAGUGUUUGGUGCACGGUGGAGAUGACACCCUGGGUGGUGCACAUGUGGGAGCACUAUUACAUUACUAUGAAUAAACUGGGUGGAAAGGAGCAUUUGGAUUUUUUUUUUUAAAUGUUCCAAAUGUUCACUUGGUGCUGGAAACUUUUUUCAUGAACUGGUACUGAUAUAGCAACCUAAAAGGAUAUUGGCAACUACAGUGGCAAGUGAGGUGUAAGAUGUAGGUGACUUUGUAUAGUGUUGGGGCUGUUCCUUUACAGUGAGUUGUGUAUAAUCAGUACUGUUGUGUGGAAAAUGGAAAAUAAAUUUAUACAUUUUAAAAGGGGGGAGUUAAAUGAAAAUUACUUAAUUGCAGGUAAAUGGUCACAUCAACUGAAGAAUGUUAUUGUUGUUAUUAUUAUGAUUAUUAUGUUUUUUCAUAGAAGUAGAAAAUACUGUGAUAUUUUAUUUCUGCUUCUAGCAACUUGGACUUCACUACAGUAUUCACCUCCAUUAUUUAUGAAAGUUCUUUCUGCUUUUAUAUAUAACCUAAUGGACAGAUUCAUACUGGUGUGCUGAAGGCCCAGGUUUGUGAAUUGACCAAAUCUGUUAAUGUGAUGGUUUUCUUGCUUUAAAAUGUGCUUUUGCAAUGAAGGUUCCUACAUGAAUAGGGAUUAUGAAUUUUCCCUUAUUGGUUUAUUCUACCCGUGUGUAAUUGUUGGUGUAGUUUAAAAAGUUUCAA